AUGGCUAUCCUCAACUAUCUAGGGUUUGGCCGCCAAACGCCACCGGCAAAAGAUGACUCCAAGACUGCCGUCCGUGCUCUUCCAGCGAGCUGGUACACAUCUGAAGAAAUGUACCAGCUAGAACGACGAGCAAUCUUCUCCAAGAGAUGGAUGCUUAUCACGCACAGAACGAGACUCAGUCAGCCGGGCGAUUACCUGAAAUUCGACGUGGCCGGCUACGAGUUUGUCCUGUGCCGGGAUCGCAAGGGAGAGAUCAACGGAUUCCACAACGUGUGCCGCCACCGCGCAUUCCCCGUCGUGCAGGCCCAGCAGGGGACCGCAAAGAUCUUUGCAUGCAAGUAUCACGGAUGGUCAUACGGGCUCGACGGAAAACUCGCAAAGGCGCCCAAGUACGACGAGCUCGACGACUUUGACAAGACGCAGAACGGGCUGUUCCCCAUCCACGUGCGCGUCGACGCCUGCGGAUUUAUCUGGGUCAAUCUCGACAGCAGCGAGACGCCCGAAGUGCCGUGGGAGCAGGACUUUGACCACGUCGACACCCAGGAGCGGUACAUGGUGUACAACUUUGACGACUACGUGCUCGACCACGAGUACAAGCUCGAUGGCGCGUACAACUGGAAGAUCCUGGCCGACAACUUCAACGAGUGCUACCACUGCCCGACGGCCCAUCCGGAUAUCCCUACACUGGCGGACAUCGAGACGCACGACGUGACGGGCGUUGACGGGUACAUUACGCAUCAGUCGACGCCGACCGAAGAGCAAAAGAAGCUGGGCAUGGCCAUUGCCAGCACUUAUUUCUUUCCCAACGUAUCCAUUUCCGUCCUGUAA